AUGCUUGGGCUUCAAAUGCUGGUGAAAAGUGAUUUGCACCAUGCCAUUGGUCCUUGCAAAUGGAAUCUUGACAUCCCAGUGAUGCAGAAACCAGCAGCAAUGACUUCAAAUAGAGUUCAACGUUGCCCAAGCUAUGGAUCAUCUUAUUUCAGACAAAUAAGUGGAGACUUCCCAUCUCCUAUAGUCCGGAGCUCCGAGACUAGUAGAACUUCUCUGAGGCGAAAUGCUACAAAAAAACAUAUUGACAAAAUAUUGUUGCACAAUAAAGACAGUUCCAGCUUCCAUCUUGUAACAGCUACUCGAGCUACAGCUCUUAUAUUCCAAGACUUCUAUACACCACAGACUCGAAUCUGUCCUCUAAAGCAGUCGGACGGGUCAUCAAUUUUAGGAUCAAUUAAACCAGCUCUACUUGUACCAGAUACACAUUUGCAAUAUAUAGCAGAAGAUGCCGAGGACACUUCUUCAUCUCUCUUCACUCAGCAGAGGACUAGCAUGAAAGCCGCAGUUGAUUCACCAAGAAGCUUUUCAGAAGACUUGACUGUUAGUGCAAUUAUGUUAAGGGAGGAUGAUCCAGGAUUAACUGCGUCAUCUGUUCUGUUUUCAAAGUUUUUGGAAGCGUUCUUGGCACAUUCAUCUACUGCUAUCUUUGAUUUGAUCGAAUCUUAUGAAGCCAAUUGCAUGGACCAGGUAAAUAUACUUCAGAAGAUUGUAAACCGUGCAACCCCUGGGCAACAGAAAUUUUCAAAAACAGCUAGUGUUCUCUGGUUCCUUCAGCAAGAAAUGGUCACCUGGCGUUUAAUUGGAUCUCUUUACAGGGACAGAAUUGAAUCCAGUGUGGAAGAAGGCAUGAUGUUUGAAGUAGCUGCCCCAAAUGCCACUGAAAAGACCAUUGUAGAAAUGCUUUUCCAACGUGACUCACUGAUACGACAGUGUCAGAUCGUUGUAGAUUGGUUAGAGAGUAUUGCCAAAGAAGAAGCUGGAAAUUUUGCAGAGAACAUUGAAUUUUAUGCAAAAUCUGUGUACUGGGAAAAUACACUACAUGUGUUAACACAACAGCGAUCGGGUGUUGCUGGAUUUUCAAGGCAACUUGUGACUGAGCUGGAUCCAGAUGCUCCUAUCAGACAGAAAAUGCCUCUUGCAGAUUUGGAUAGGGAAGAUGAUGCUAGAUUUAUGAAAUAUCUCUUUGCUCUUAUACGAGCUGGGAUGACUGAUGAGGCUCAGAGAUUGUGCAAACGUUGUGGUCAGGCUUGGAGAGCUGCAACUCUGGAAGGCUGGAAAUUAUACCAUGACCCAAAUCUUAAUGGCGGAACAGUUCUUGAACCUGUAGAAGGGAACCCAAACAGAAGUGUUUGGAAGGCUUGUUGCUGGAGGAUGGCUGAAGAUGAGCAGUUUAACAGAUAUGAACGAGCAAUCUAUGCAGCUUUAAGUGGAAAUCUUAAACAGCUCCUUUCGGUGUGUGAUACUUGGGAAGACUGUGUUUGGGCAUACUUCAGGGUUAUGGUGGAUAAUCUUGUCGAACAAGAAAUCCGUGCGUUGAGUACUCCUGUUAGUGAAUUAGAAGAAUUGCCUAAAGAGUAUACUGAAGCAAAUUGGACUUUAGAGGCAAUAUUUGAAGAGCUGCAGGCAACAGACAAAAAACAAGUGUUGGAAGAGAAUAAAGCUCAUUAUCAUAUAAUUCAGAAAUUCAUAAUCUUGGGAGACAUUGAUGGUUUAAUGGAUGAAUUUCAGGAUUGGCUAGAAAAAUGCAGAUCUCUCCUCCCAGCACACCUCCUUCGAUUCAUGACCCACCUUGUAUUGUUUUUCUGGAGUUUGGGCCUACAGACAAAGGAGGAUGUUUGUACUGACAUAUUAAAGACUUAUAUAGAGCUUCUAAUCCAAGCUAACCACACAAAUUUAAUAGCAUUUUAUGUCAGCCAUUUGCCUCCGGAGCUGGCUGUCACUCAAUAUUCCGCAUUUUUGGAAACUGUUACAGAGACUUCGCAACGGAGACUUUGUCUAGAUCUGGCAAGAGAAGCCGGCCUUGACGUACCAGCUGUGACCAAGUGUGUUGUAGAAAACAUCCGGAAAAAGGAUGUCGACAAGUUUACUCAUCAUGAUCUAUCACCAUCUCUGGAUACUGCAACUACAAAAGAAGAUCAUAUGAAGAUUAAUGUAAUCGAGUGGUUGGUGUUUGAUCCUACACAAAGAGCAGAGGCACUGAAACAGAGCAAUGCCAUAAUGAGGAAAUUCUUGGCUUCAAAAAAACAUGAAGCUGCAAAAGAAGUGUUCAGCAAAAUUCCACAAGACUCUAUAGCUGAAGUGUAUGCGAGCUGGGAAGAAUAUGGAAUGGAUUUCAUGCCUCCAGCAGAGGAGGAAAAUGCUAUCCGGGAACAUUUGUGCAUAAGGGCUUAUCUGGAAGCUCAUGAGAUGUUCAACAAGUGGUUUAAAUGCAUGCAGUCAGCACCUCAGGAACCUACCAUUUCUGCAAGUGCAAGUUUCACAGAGACAGUGGCUCAUGAACACAAACAGAAGCAAUUUCAGAGUGAUUAUAAGAACUGGAGUGAUGAAUUGGAAAUUCUCACCAAAGAAGUAAAAGAGAAGAUCUGUAAUGUCUUGCUUUUUGUGAAUGGAGGAUGGUUGAUUGACAUCAGAGAGGAUGCUGAAGAAGAUGCUGAGCGCAGUCACCAGUUGAAUUUAUUACGCCAACUCUGCCUACCAAUGAUGUGUUUCUUGCUUCACACAGUACUACACAGCACUAAACAGUACCAGCAGUGCUUAAAACUGGCUGAUAUUGUUGCAUCAGAGCAACAUAAGCUUUAUCAAGUAUUUUCGAAAGAGGAACUUGCAAACUUCUUGCAUUUGCUGCGAGAGUCUUCACUCAUGCUGUUGGAUCAGAAUCUUGAUCCCUUAGGAUAUGAAUUACAAUCCUAGUGAAUAUUCAAGAGUUGCAAGAGACUUUGAUUCUAUCCAAAAAUAAAUAUUAGCAAUUUGCUGAUUCUUUUACGCUCCUUCCUCUUUUGGAAGAUUUAAAGUUCAAUGAUCAGACAAUUGAUAAUAUUUGGAUAUUCAAUCUUGUUGAAAAUGUAUGUAAUAUUUCGUACAAAAAUCUUUUUCCACCUUAAUUCAAAGUAUUGUCAUCUGAUUGCUUCUAUUUUAUAAUUGUUACAUGCCGAUAAAGUAGAAAAGUUUCUAAAUGUUGUGCUAAUGAAAUUAACCCUACUAUUCUUCUGUCAGUAAAAUUAUUCCAUGAAUUCUACAGACCACAUGCAUCCCUUGCAUUGAACAUGCUGACAAAUCAGCAAGGAACGAUUUAGUCAUUCUAUUAAGUGCACCAUUACUCUGCUUUCUGAUUAUCUAAAUUUUAAAUUAAUGCCGUUGGCCAAGCACAUGAUGUGUGGUAGCACUUUGGUUUCUGAACAACAAAAUUUGUGUUAUGGUUUCCACCAUUUAUUUUUAGUCAUGAUAUAUACAGUGUUUUAGUAGUAGUAGUCAUUAAACAGGCCUGCAGACUCAUGAACUCAACAGCAGUUCUACUUGAGAUUGACGUCACAAUUGGAGAAUGCAGCAAUCUCAUAGCCUAAGUGAAAAGAUAACAACUGCAUAAAUUAAAAAUAAAUCCAUUGCAGCUGUUCUGCUGUCUGCCCUUUGAAUCUUACAUUUUAAUUUUUACCCAUGUGUUUAGAUUAUUUAGACUUUCCUUGGUUUACUCAUAGGCAUCCCAGCCUUCCCAACUUUUUAUGUGCCAUUGCAUCAAAAUCUGGGUGGCCUUUUGGUACUAAACUCAAGAAAACAAAUAAGUGAACUCAGUAUUUAGCAACAGAAACUAAGUGCUGGAGAAGCUCAACAGGUUCAACAGCAUUUGUGGUUAGAGAAACACAGUUAACCUUUCAAGACCAGUGACCAUAUGUCAGAAAUUUCUAUUGAGUAUCUCUUUUUGAUCUUGCUUGAAUCCAGCAUAUAUAGUUCUUGUGUUUUAUUCUAAUAUUUAGCAGUACUGGGGAAAGAAAUAGUAUGUGUUUAGACAGGACAUGGAUUGUAGUCUAUGGUAUUGUUGGAUAGUGGUCCCGGAGUUUCGACAACUUGUGUCAAGAUCCUAGAAUCUAGUACUUGCGUUCUGUGAUAGCCGUCACUGUGGAGGAAAUUUUAAAAUUUGGGAGGAGCAGGGAAGGAAUAUUUUCGUUACAUUAUAAAUACCUGUGUUUUAAACCUUUGGGGAAAUUGUGUUAUGUGGGGAUUCUGUCAGCUGUGAGAAAUGGAUUUUGAGAGUAUUGGGGAGACUGGGGGGACCAUGUUUUGUUGCGCUAUUCGGAAGAAAUUGUAGGUUUAACUGAGAUUUGUAUUUUUUUAAGUAAUUGCCAAAAUUAUAAAAUUCUCUUUUAUAAUUAUUGGAUGCCAAUAAAGUUGAGAAGAUUCCAAA